UUAUAAUAUCAUUUAACAGUUGUAUUACUUUAACAAAAUUAUGAUAAUCAAUAUGUGAAAGAUGUCAAUACGUGAGCACAUGUUAUAUCAAUAUCUCCAUAGUGAUUACCAAACGCCAUGUAUGAAAUCCUUGUGGUUAUAAACACAUGUCAUAUAAGCAGUUUACAGAUCAGUAAAUGUCGGCUUGAUUCAUAGUACACUAGUUUUUCAUAGGUUUUCAGAAUUGUAAUAUUUAAUCAGCAAGACAUACAUUAAAGAGUAAUGGCGACAGUAAUUCAAGAGCGCACCAUUCCUUCAAUGGAUACUCUUAUCAAAUACGACAAUCCUGUGCUGGUUGCAACUCACCCAGAAAAGGUUGCUAAAGAAACAACACCACUAAAAGUCGGAGCUGGUGCUUGUAAAAUACAAACCACACCGCCUACGUUAGAUCUUCGUCGUGAAACUGUGGAAAUUCUCAAUGGAAUUUUACCACCGAAAAAGUGGGAAGAAGAUGGCCAAGAAUGGACACAACAGAUUUCAAGCACUCCUGCAACUCGAUUGGACGUAAUUAAUCUGCAAGAACAACUGGAUAUGAAACUACAGCAAAGACAAGCGAAGGAAACUGGAAUUUGUCCUGUUCGUCGUGAACUUUAUACUCAAUGCUUUGAUGAAAUAAUACGACAAGUCACUGUAAAUUGCGCAGAACGCGGUUUGCUCCUGUUGAGAGUAAGGGAUGAAAUUAAAAUGACAAUGGCAGCUUAUCAAACACUUUAUCAAAGCAGUAUCGCAUUUGGCAUGCGGAAGGCUUUGCAAGCUGAGCAAGGUAAAGAAGACUUGAUAGCAACCGCUGAAGAAUUACGAGUGCAAAAGGCAGAACUCGAAAAAACAGUAGCCGAACUGAGACAGAAAUUCGAACAAGCCGAACGAAGAGCUGCCGAAUUACGUGAAGCUGAAGAUAAGAAGCAUACAGAAGAAAUUCAAUUUCUUAAAAAAACAAAUCAACAAUUAAAGACUCAACUGGAAGGAAUAAUUGCACCGAAGAAAUAA